CCCUUUGUCCGUGAAAUGAACCUGUCGAUUCCCCGUUCUCGCCAUUUCAGUUGACACUGCAGGAAAUUUAAAAAAAGGUGAAGAGAAGAAAAACUCAAAAAAGUGAUGAAAUUUUUUCUUUCGUUUGAAAUUGAAUUAAUUAUGCAGCCCCCCCCCCUCUGGAGUCGAUUUGUCAACCGUCUCAAACCAGUAGCUCUCUAAUAUCUUUUUUUUCGAAUUUUUAUUGACCCCGGAAAACAAUUUUUCUAAGAAAAAAGCAAAAAGAAAUGAAAACUAAAAUUUGAUUUCAAUUUUCGUUUCAUUAUUUUUUUCAAUUUUUCUCGUGUGGGUGUACAUGUCUGUGUUUCUGUUCAAUCCCCCCUUGUAAUAUCCCCCCCCCCCCCCCCAGCCGUUAAAGAUGACUUCAUUUCAUCCCUUCGCUGAUUGUAUACAAACACGUUACAUUCGUCUUUAAAACAAAAAGAAAGAAAAAUCCCUCCUUCCCCUGGUUAUCUCUCUCUCAAAAAAAGAACAAACUUGUUUCUUCUGCUCUAUCUCUCUCUAGCUCUUAAUUCAUUUCUCUCUCUAUAUCUCUCUCUCUCUCCUCUUUAUUUCUGUGUGUGCUGAACAACUAUUGUCUUGAUUUGAUCGUUAUUCUACAAUGAACAUUUUGAUUUCCCGUUUCAAAGCGAAACGGGAAAGACAAAGAAGAAAAACCCCCAAAAAAAAUGAUUUUUUUGUCCGUGUGCUGGUGUAUACGUUAUAUACAAAACAAAACCAAAAAAAACAAACAAUUAUAAGAGAUAACUUGAACAAGAACCAUUUACGACACCCAAUCUAUUCGACAGGUUGAUUUUCACCAACGUUGAAAAAAAAAAUUUUUUCAUCCGGCCGGAAUUCUUCCGGAAUUUUUUUUUCAUCCACCCGGAACUCUUCCGGAUUUUUUUUUUUUAGAUUUUUUUUAUUUGAAAAAAAAAUCUCGCACGAUCAAUAAUAUUACAGCCGGAAGAGUAUUAGAGUUUCCAAUGUUUGACUGCGGGCGUUGCCUAGCGCUGGACUCUGUGGCGGCAAAAGUAAAGAGCGCCAAAUGUAGCGUGAUUCGAAUAAUUGUUAUUAGUAUUUUUCGGUAAACUUUCCCGCGGGAUAAACUUCUUGGAUCGAAAAACCCAACGGUAACAACUGAAUCGAGUCGAUGAAUAUCGUCGGGAUGACGGCUUGAUUAUUAGAUAAGAUCCGCCCGUCGGCUGACGUACACGACCUACACUUUAUUGGAUGAAUCCUUAUUUAUUUUUUUGAAAAGAAACAAAAUGUCUGACUCGUGCGUCCUGUUUCGCAAGGUGUACAUUCGAGUCACGCAUAGUUCAAUCUCAUGGGCGUCACAGUUUCAUUUAUUUAUCUCAAGUAAGACUUUACGUCAUUAUUUAUUUAUCUAUUUACGCAACCGCAUCGAGUUCGAAAUACAAUUUUUUUUUUCUUUUUUAAAAGUUAAAAAAAUAUUCCAACCACAAAAAAUGAAGAAAAAUAAAAUACUAAAAUUACUUUAACCUCCCCCAAGGACUUGUCUGCCUUCCAGGGUAAAAACUAAAAAGCGUCUGACAGUUCCAAUAUUUUUAAUGGCUGGUGUAUAUCACGUGCUCUUUAGUUCCUAUCAUGAAAUAAGAUAACAAAAGAAUUCCCGAGCUGAAGGAUAAUUAGAUCAACCUCCUCACAUUCUCUACUGUGUUUUUUUUAGAGAAAUCAAAUAGACGAGUAGUAACGUACCUGCGCGCGCAUAAAUCAAAGAGUGGUUGCCGUAACCGAUUCGUUGGAAAGAAAUCGAUUACUUGACUAUCGAUAAUCUCUGGCCCCACUGACACAAAGUUUUUCCCAACUUCACCAUUUCACGAGAGAUGGGAAGAUCGGCUUAACGUAAAUUUUUGUUUCCUUUUUUAUCGGUCGUGUGGGCGACACUCGAUGGACACACGAGUGGCAUUUCUAUUUGCUGCACGCCCGUCAUCAAAAGGAGAAAUCAAACCGAGCUAGUUUUUAGUAUUUUUUCGAAUGAAUGACGUCUUUUGCCGCAGCCCUCUCUCGAGCAAUCGCCGCGUAACAAAAAGUUUUUAGGGCUCCCCUUUGGUGUGUGUGUGUGUGGUGCAUGUGUGUGUGUGUGUGUUUGUUUGAUUUUUCACACGCACUUACCUCACUCACGAAGCCCGAGUUUUUUUUCUUUCCUAUUUCGUGUGUGUUGUUUGUGUGUGUGUGUGUAUCACCCAGUUUAAUCCUGCCGUCAAAGGCAGAGAGUGCAACCGAGUGCAAAUCAGGCGCCAACAUGUCGACAGAAGAGCAGCAAGCGGAGGACAAACGAAGCAGGCUGAGGCCCCUCUCAUUCUCUGGAUUGCCAACCAAAUGUCUUUCGCCCAGCAGUGCAAUCGCUCCCAUUCACUCUUUUCCAAUGGAAAAGUGGAAAAUAACUGAUGUCAACAAUUCCCCAGGAAAGCUGCAGAUAUCCCCUGAAUUGGUGUAUGAUUUCACAGCUGAAGACCUGGAAGACAUGGGUGAAAUUGGUAGAGGAAACUUUGGUAGUGUCAAUAAAAUGCUCCAUAUCAAAACAAAUACCGUCAUGGCUGUCAAGAGAAUCCGUUCCACUGUCGAUGAAAAAGAACAGAAACAAUUACUGAUGGACCUUGAAGUUGUUAUGAGAAGCAAUAACUGCCCAUUUAUUGUACUAUUUUAUGGAGCCCUUUUUACUGAGGGAGACUGUUGGAUCUGCAUGGAACUAAUGGAUAUUUCUCUGGACAAGUUCUACCGUUUUACCCACCAGCGACUCAAGGAAAAGAUUCCUGAAUCCAUCCUCGGGAAAAUGGCCCUUGCAACUGUCCAGGCCCUAAACUACUUGAAGGAGAACUUGGAGAUUAUUCAUCGUGAUGUCAAACCUUCCAACAUUCUAAUGGACAGGCGCGGAAGCAUCAAAUUGUGUGACUUUGGCAUUUCGGGACAGCUGGUGGACUCGAUUGCCAAGACCAGAGAUGCUGGCUGCCGACCCUACAUGGCUCCCGAAAGGAUCGAUCCCCAAUCUUCCGCUCGAGGCUACGAUAUACGCAGUGACGUCUGGUCACUGGGUAUCACCUUGAUCGAAAUAGCCACCGGCAAGUUCCCCUAUCCUCACUGGAACUCUGUGUUUGAUCAGCUGACGCAGGUGGUGCACGGAGAUCCGCCCAGAUUGAUAUCCAGCUACAGCAAGAGCCCCACCAAUAAUGCGGGCUCCAAGAAUGGAAACUUGAUUCAAGAAUGUCCAUUUUCCGACGAGUUUGUCAAUCUUGUCAACACUUGCAUGCAGAAAGAAGCCCGACAGCGACCAAAGUACUCGAAGCUUCUGCAACAUCCGUUCUUGUUGGCCAGCCAGGCCGAGCAAGUCGACGUGAGCGCCUACGUCGACAACAUCCUACAGCGCAUCAAGACCCUCGGUUUGACGGUCGCCGACUUGCAAAUGGAUUAAGUUUACAACUACUUUUUUUUUUCCUAAGUUUUGAAUUUAAAAAAAAAAAUCCAUUUCUUGUUCCAUGCAAGGUUUUCCGGCUUCCAUCCAAAGAUUUUUUUUCCUCCUCCUAAUUUUCCUCUCCCUUUUUCCCCCAUCUUUUAUUGGGGAAAAAGAAUUAUGAUGCAAAACAUAAACAACUAAAAAACAACAACAACAUUUCGUUUAUAGGAAUUUUUUUAAUUUGAUUCGUUGGCAAAUGUUUGAUAUCGACGGGGCAACACACACUUGAUUGGAUUAAAUUUCCCCCCUCCCCUUGUCGGCUCUGCCAGCCUCAAUCUAAACUGACGAGUGUAAUUUGACAACUGUAAUGCAUACAUCGUAUGUACAUAAUUACAUAGUGAUGUUGUCCUUCAA